AUGAAUUCUCUACCUACAACACUUGCAACCAACCGCCCGUGCGAAAGUAACUUUCACAAAGCUGAACACGCGGAGAAGAUUUCGACAGGACUGGGGGCUAGAAAAAUGAUGCGUCCAGCGUUUGUCAACUUCACCACACAUCGACUGCCAAAAGCGUCGCAGCAGAUUCGACGAGUUGCCUGUUCCACGUCACGCCCGCAAGUAGUUGCAGUCUCUGACAUGCGAAUUGGGCAUGGCUUUGAUCUACACAGACUGGAACCAGGUCUGCCGCUUAUUCUAGGAGGCGUUGCUUUAGAACACGAUCGCGGCUGUGCGGGACACUCGGACGGUGAUGCUGUUUACCACUGCGUUGUUGACGCAGUUCUGGGGGCUCUUUCACUUCCAGAUAUCGGCCAACUCUUUCCAGACACCGACUCACGUUUCAAAGACUGCGAGUCCCACGUGUUCAUGACGGCUGCCUACGAGCGCAUGCAGAAGAAGGGGUUCAAGAUUGGUAACAUUGAUGUUACCAUCAUUUUGGAACGGCCGAAGCUAUCUCCGCAUAAGGCCCUCAUUCGACAAAAUAUUGCAGAUUUGCUGCAUGUCGAUAUUGAAAACGUGAAUGUGAAGGCAAAGACGCACGAGAAGGUAGACGCCAUCGGCGAAAACCGGGCUGUCUCUGUUCACGCCGUGACCCUAUUAGUGAGUGAUCAUGAGACGGCGGCGCCGGCCGCUGCGGAAGUGAUUGCCGAGGCAUCGGCUGGAAAAGCGGUUACUGAGCGACUUCUUGGACUUGUAGGAGAUCGAACAAAAGCAAUUCAGAAUGUUACUCAAAAUGGCAAUCGCACUAAACUGUUCUCAAAGGGCCGGCAAAAGAUUGCGCAGAAGGUAGGCGAAGAGGCCGUUGAGGUAGUCAUUGACGCCACCUCUGACAACAUAGAGGGCGUGAUCAAGGAGAGCGCAGAUCUUCUGUAUCAUCUGAACGUGCUUUGGGCGGAUGUCGGUGUCAAGCCAGACGAUGUUUGGGCCGAACUAGAGUCCCGAGAAGGAACCAGCGGAAUAAAGGAGAAGGCAUCCCGGCCCGUAUGA